ACAGAGGCUUUGAUUUUCCCCGUUAGAUUUGCGGAACGGGGCUAGUGGUCGAAGGGGACCGGAGAGGUGUGACGCGCUCUGGUCACUGCUGCAUCUCAAAAUGACGGGUAACCGGAGGCAGCGGAUUUGCACUCGUUUAGCCCUCUUAUAUAUUUUCAACGAAAGCGUCAGUGUUUCUAUGUCAGAGUGUGAUCCUGGAAUCCCAUCAUUGUGCUUGGGAGCAUUUUGCACGAUUUUAACCCUUUCUUUUCUGAAGGCUGUUAGGUUAGUCAUCGGCUCUCCCCGCCCAUAUUUUACGUGAGAAUGACCUGUAGAUUUUGUGGUGACUGAUUAGGCUAUUGGUAUAAUUUGAAUCCCUGAUGUUUAGCUAAUGGGCGGCUGAAUGAAUAGCUACGCGUAAGGGGAGGGGCGGGGGUAUCCGCAUAGUGAAUUAUCAUUUUUUGUGAAGCGAAGCACUGCUGUAGAAUACGCCCGUGGCUCGAGAUCUGCUCGUGAUCUGAUGGUGAUCCAUCAUCUGUGGAGCUCUGGGAGGCGCUGCGCGUGCCGUAGUAACCGGCUGCGGCGUCUCCUCUCAUCGCCAUGCAGCCUUGAGAGCUGGCACUGCGACCUCAUUCCUUUAUUUACAGACAAUUUUACUAAUAUGGGUCAACGUCUCUCUCUCCGUCCUUCUCCUUGUCGUCCGUAGAAGGAUCGGCGGGCAGGCGCCGAGCGCGGGAAUACCCGUGAUUGGUAGGGAGGAACCGUCUCGCCUCGGGGUAUUUGACAUGUCCUGACGUGCGCAUGAUGGAGAGCGAAAGCAGCGAGAGUCUACGCUCCAACCCCACGCUUGGCCGACGCGUGCAGGGCUGGUGUGUGCUGCUACUGGCCGCUGGGAUGCUGGUCACCAUGGCGACAUGGAGCACACCUGUAGCAGUGUCCAGCCUUUCUGAGAGAGGUCUGCCUGAACCUGCUGCAAGAAUAGCUUCAGCCGCAAAUAGAACAUCUUUGUCGUUGUCGUCAUCAUCAUCAUCAUCAUCAUCAUCAUCAUGGCCACAGCGGUUUGAAGCAGCUCGGCGGCAUUCUCCCCCAGGAUCCAGACAUUCCAAAAAGGCCAGUGGUCACCAUGGCCACGGCCGGGGCCCAGUCUCCAGCGCCAACGCCAACGUGUCCAGGGCGAGGACAGAGGCCUCUGAUGACCGGAACGACGGCAGCAGCCGCGAGGACGGUAUGCGUGACGACGGUAGCCAUGACGACGGCGCCCAGGGCAUCCACCUGCUGCUGCGCCCGCCUGAGCUCCUGGCACCCAGCCAAGGCCCGCUUCUCCAUGGCAACGAGCGCCAAGGCCCGCUUCUCCAUGGCAACGAGCCCACACCCGCCACGCCCACCCUGGCGCCGCCCGACGACACCGAGUCGUCCCCCACGGCCGAGGACUGGGGCUCCGGCGACUACCUGGAGACGCUCACCUUCAUGGGGGCGGACGCAGAGGACCUGUCGCUUCUCUCCAGCCUGCCCACACACACACUCACACACUCCCCGAUGCGCACACACACGCACACGCACGCGGAGGAUCUGGACGAGGCCGGCACGGGCGUGAGCUACGACACCGCAUUUCCCGCCCGCCCGACACUCCCCCUCUCCUCCAGGCCCCUCCCUCCGACGGCGGCCGCCGGCGACCCGCGCCUUCCUCCCGGGGUGGACGUAGACCAGGAGCUGGAUUUCGAUUGGGCGGAACUGUACCCCAUCGAGCCCACAGAGAUGCUCCUGCCUGACAUGAACAGUCUGGAGUACUACAACAUGCUGCAGAACCGAGAGAACGUCACGCGCACACACACCACGCACACACACACACACACACCCAGCAAGGAGGCCAAAGACAACAGCAGUGCCGGGCAAGAGCAGAGGGACAGCAAGGACACCUCUCUCAUCUCUCCCACCCCCGCACACACCUUCACACACAUGCUCACACACACACACACACACACACACGCUCCACCUCCUGCACCCACGCCUGCUAAGCCCUCCAUUAGCCCCACCCCCUCCCUCUCCCCGCCCAUCCUCAGAGCUCCUCCUACAGACACCCAUAGGCCCUCCCCCCCCAAGCCCACCCCUCACGCCUCCAUGGGCAUAGCACGCCCCCCCGGCCCCCCUGCCAUACCCCCCCCGGCUCCCAGCAUCCCCCGCAGACCGACCACCCAGGCGGUCACCACCAAGCCGCCGCGCGCCCCCUACGCACCCCGCCCCAGCACCAUGCCUCCAACACAAGCCCCAACGCCUCCAACUCCAAGAAUCCCCCUGUCCCCGCCGAGCAGACAGCCCUUGUGCAACAUCAGUAGACCUGAUAUGUACCUCGUGCAAGUGGGUAUGCCAGUGGGCACUUCCGUUGCUUUCGCCAAAGCCCACAUCAAGGACGUCCUGAGACGGGAGUUCAACCGCUCGGUAGAGCUGCAGGUGCUCAGGGCUCCGCCCACCUUCAUCUUCCGCACGGUGGCCGGCCCGCUGGUGUUCACAGCCGUUUCUGUCAUAAACGCUCUCCUCCAAUCAGCACGCAGCUCAGCCUCCACCACCAUCCUCUCUGUCACGCCCAUCUCCGUCUCUGCGCCUGACCACAAGCACCUGGUGCACUCAGUACUUCAGUUUGUUCCAGGCCACGUGGAUGUGCGUGUGUGCAGCUUCAGUGAGCAGGUGGAGAGAGGCCUGCUCACAGCAUACACUGAGGUGCGCCGACGCUACCAGGAAAAUGGAAGCUUCACCAUAGAGAUUGUCAACAUCACAAUCAGCAUGGCCAAGGCCCAGCGUCAGCAGCAGAGGGCGCCGGUGGACGUCACCUUCGCUGUGAAGGACGAACGCGGCUACCUGCUGGGGUCAGAGGUCAGCGGUCACCUGCGACAGCUCAGCAUGGUGGAGUACAGCUUCUACCUGGGCUUCCCUGUGGUGCAGAUAGCAGAGCCAUUUCAUUACCCAGAGCUCAAUAUGACCCACCUGCUCCGCUCCUCUUGGGUGAAGACGGUGCUGUUGGGUGUGUUAGACCAGCGCGUGAGUGAGCGCACGUUCCAGGCCAAGAUGGAGAGGCGAUUGGCUCAGCUGGUGGGGGAGGGGCUUGGGGUUGGCCGCCGCUGGAGGAGAGCAACUACUGUGGGCAAUAGCAGUGUACAGGUGGUGCGGGUGGUGCGGCUGGAGGGUGCAGACCAUCCUCUGGAGCUGGUCUACUUUGUGGAGGGGGGCACAGGGGAGAGGCUGCCUGCACACACGACCGCUGCCAUGCUCAACCGCAUCAACCUGCAGAGGGCCGCCAUCGUGCUGGGCUACCGUGUGCACGGGACUAUCCUGGCUCAGCCGGUGGAGAAGUUGGCGCUGUCGCCGUCGGAGACGCAGCCCAGCAGUGUGUGGCUGGUGGUGGGGGUGGUGGUGCCCGUGCUGGUGGUGCUCUUCAUCAUCGUCAUCCUCUACUGGAAGCUCUGCCGCUCCGAGAAGCUGGAGUUCCAGCCAGACGCCAUGAGCACCAUCACCCAGAGACAAAAGCUCCAGGCCCCCAGUGUGAAGGGUUUUGACUUCGCCAAGCUGCACCUGGGCCAGCACAGCAAAGACGCCAUCAUGGUGAUCCAGGAGCCCCCGCAGGUGAGAGAGGUGGUGAAAGAGGCCACGCCCCCAGAGGGGGGGGAGAUGAACACGCCCAAAUCCAAGAGCUCGUCCACCAAAGUGUCCCGCAGUGCUGCUGGACGAAGACGAGGCCGGCUGUCUCCAUCAGAUGGCGACUCAUUGGGCAGUGAAGCGUCUAGUGGGCGGGACUCUGGUGAGGAAAGCACUCGCCCUGCUGCCACACCCAACGAGGGAAAACAACAUCGGAGAAGCAAGCACUCAAAGAGCAAGUUAGCAGCGGGGGGCAGUGGAGCAGACGAGCAACUCUCCUCAUCGUCCAUCUUCGAUCACGUGGACCGCAUGUCACGCGGCUCGUCAGACGGAACGCGUCGCAUCUCAAACAAGAUCCAGCUGAUCGCCAUGCAGCCUGUGCCCAGCCCCCCCACACCACCGCACCACGAGCACGCACACACACACACACACACGUACACACUCACAGAGAGGGGCCCGGAUGGCACUCAGGUUAACACUGAGAUCGCUGUGGCUCUGCGGCACAAGUCAGAGAUCGAGCACCACAGGAACAAGAUCCGUCUGCGGGCGAAGAGGAAAGGCCUGUACGAGUUCCCCUCGAUGGAGGACAUCAUGGCGGCGUUUGGAGACAGCGCCGAGCAGCAGCGUGUGUGUCGGCAGAUCCACAAGAUCCUGCACCCUGACACACACUCCUCCUACCACUCACACACUCCCAGUGCAGAGAGUCAGCGCAGGAGUUCUCGGGGUAGGCGGUCUCCACGGCAGAGGCGGGGUCAACCUGUGAUUGGCAGUCUGGACAAGGACCGCCUCAUCACUGACAGGGACGCCACCUACAGGAAGUAUCCUGGGGUCAACAAUGUAGCCUAUGUGUCGGACCCUGAGCAGCUGGCUGCAGGAAGCCCCUCCCCUGACGAGGUGUUUCCUGGUUCCCCUCCAUGUGGCCCCGCCCCUGGCCCGCCCUCAUACCAGCCUCCUCAGCCAACCAUAGAGGAGGCUCGUCAGCAGAUGCUCUCCCUAUUGGACGACGCGUUUGCUCUGGUGUCUCCCUCCUCACAGGGAAGCCCCGCCCCACUGGCGCUCACUAGCGUUGCCGGGGUGACGGUGGGAGGCAUGGUGAGUCCUGGGGGCCCCGCCUCUCCGCCACCCCGUCCAAUCAGGCACUGGGGAUCAGCGCCAUCCAAUAGUCCUUUCUCUGCGAGGUAUGCAGAGCUGGGCAUGUCCCCUACCUCUGUGCAGGGGCUACUGCAGAGAGAGGCGCUAGGUUCAGGCUACCUGCCAUCGGACGUGUACUCCAGUGGGGGUCAAUAUGGAGAUGAGCCAUCCUGCUCUCAUAGACCCCCACCUGUAGGGGGCAGCACAGGUGCCCAACUCCAGCAGCUGACACAGGUGGGUUUGUCCAGCCGUAUGGGUGUGUACGGUGUUGGCCGCAGUGUGUCCGGCCCCUCUGGCUGCAGCUGGCUCCAGUACCGUUCAGACGAUGAGGAACCCAGGCCUGGAUCGGACAGAGACAACAUGCUGUCCUACUCAGCCGAGUACUCGUCCUCUCCCCUGUUCCAGAUGCCCCGCACGGCGCUCACCGACCCAUCGGCCCCCCCCACACCCACCUACUCCCCCCCUGCCCCCCCAACAGCCACCUACUCCCCCCCUGCCCCUCCAGACGGCCCUCCGCCUGCCCCCCCCUCACAGUCCUCUGCCUCCCUCAUCAAAGCCAUCAGGGAGGAGCUGCAGAGACUCAGCCAGAAGCAACCGCCUGUGGCAGCCUAUCACAGCUAACGCACACACACUCACACACACACACACACACUAACCCCUGUGGCCAGAAGCAACCGCCUGUGGCAGCCUAUCACAGCUAACGCACACACACUCACACACACACACACACACUAACCCCUGUGGCCAGAAGCAACCGCCUGUGGCAGCCUAUCACAGCUAACGCACAGGACACACACACACAAACAUACAAACACACACACUUUCAAACACACACACAUUCAAACAUACACGCACACACUCACAAACCCACAACGAUCCCUGGCACGAACCCACAGCACACUCACACUUGCACUUAUUCAUCCGUAUAUUACAUUACAUUACAUUACAUUUGGCUGACGCAUUUUUAACCAAAGCGACUAACAACAUGGUAACAGU